AUGGCAAAUUCACGCAUUGCAAGGUUUUUCAUUGAAGUGGCACCACCACAAUAUGUUAAAGUUAUGAGGCAUAGAACAUCAAAAAUGAUGGAAACUAUUACUGAAGAUGAUAGGGAAAUUAACUCAUCCAAUGAUAGUGUAAUUUCAUUACCUAAAAGUUCAUCAACAACUUCAGCUUCAUCAGUUGUUGCAUCUUCAUGUGCCUCUUCUUCAAAUGCAAUUGUUAAUUCUAGAUACUUCUUGAAGGAAGUUCAUAGAACACUCUCAAAGAAUCUGAAAAACAAGUAUGACAUUGAAAAAGCUAGAGAACAGAAGAAUGAUUUUAGGAGCUACGUGAAGUAUCAGAUGCUAGAUGAAAGUGUGAAACUGUUUAAGAACACUAGUGAAAGUGUGAGACAAACUGAAUAUGCGAGCAUCAUUGGCAGCCUUAGCUAUGCCACUGGUUAUACUAGACAUGAUAUUGCAUAUGUCGUAGAAUUGCUAUGCAUAUUUACGAGUAAACCAAGUAACGAGCAAUGUCAAGCUAUUGAGCGAGUCAUGAGAUACCUUAAAAGGACCGUAGAUAUCGGCCUACUUUAUCAGAGAUUUCCUACUGUACUUGAAGGAUAUAGUGAUGCAGAUUGGAAUACCAUGUCAGGUGAUUCCAAAUCUACUAGUGGCUAUGUAUUCAAUAUAGUUGGAGGAGCUGUAUCUUGGAAAUUAAAGAAACAGACUAUCCUGGCUCAUUUCAUGAUGGAGUCUGAAAUGAUAGCAUUAGCAAAUGCUAGUGAAGAAGCAAGUUGGUUAAGAGGCUUGCUAGCUGAGAUUCCCUUAUGGGAAAAACCAAUCCCAGUUGUGUUGAUCCACUGCGAUAGUACCGCGGCUAUUGCAAAAAUUGAGAACCGUUAUUAUAAUGUUGGGUAUCUGCGUCAACAUAAGAAAUUGUCAUUUGAUUAA